AUGGCAUCAGACACCCAGAUAGCAAGUCGGAUCAUGGAUCCGGAUCGCAUGCACUUACACUUGCGCGAGGGUACACCGUGGUCCGAACAUCGCCAACGAUACGAUAUUGAAUUGAAUCAAUGGGUCACCGUGGCUCAAGACGAUGCCCUCGACGUAGUUGACAUUCGGAAGUUGGCUGCUUCCCACAACGAUAUAGAAAUUCAGAAUAUCAUACAUACGAAAUUGCACCACGCCAAUAUUCUUCGUUAUUCGGGGGUUUUUCGUGAGAAAACGGCAUAUUACCUGAUAUCUGAGCACGUGGAGAUCCGUGUUGAAGAUAUCAGAACUACAAUCCACUUGGUUGAUGAAAAGCAAUUGGCGGCAAUCGCCCUCCAGGUACGUGCGUGCUACUGCAGAUUCGUUGAACCGAUAAUGAACAUCACAGGUCCUCAAUGGGAUCGAUUUUCUUUGGUCACGGCGCCUGGCAUUGGGAAGUCUCGAUUGUUCCACCAUUGGGGUGACAUGGGGUGGCGAUUGAAUCCAGAAAGUUGCGUCCCGGUUGACUCGGACGUGAUGACUCCAGAUAUUCGGCGCUUGGGCCAUGUGAUGACUCAGCUGAUGAAUCCUGUUCAACCGGAAGCUGGGGUGUGGGUACCGUCAGGGAACUGGUCUCAAAAUGCUGAACGGUUUGUUUCGCGACUGAUGGAAAGCGCGGACCUACCGGCAAGCCUAAUCCAAGAUCCAUUCCUCGAAACCACCCGCAGGGAAGAGCUAGCGUGGAUAGUGCCAAUAACGCUUAGGAUGACAUGGACCCCCUACCGGAUUACGGAGUGGCACGGUCAUGAAACUCCAUGGUAA